AUGGCAACUGUAAUCCAACUGAUUCACAUCCACUACCGUGGCAAGUAUCUGUCUUUGCUGGACUCGGAUGACACCACGCCUAUCUACACCGUCAAGGUGUGUCGCGAAGCGCCCCAGAUGGAAGUCAUUCGACUUAAUCGCGACAACAACCACAGUGACAAUGGAGACACAGCAUUACUGAGCACUGCCUCUUUCAAGACACUCAGCAUGGAAGUGACCCUCUCCAUCCACGACCAUAUGGUUAUGUUGCGGCGCCCCAACAUCUUUUCGCGCACCUACGGCUUCGAGAGCGUGGCUUUGCCAGGCAAUACGCUUCUGUGGGAGGCGGAUGGGUCCUUGUCAGGCGACUUCAAGCUCGUGAAUAGGAGCAAUCACCAGGUCCUGUCCCGAUUCCGGAACAAGGUAUUCUCAACGACAGAGGUCGGGUCGUUCGAGAUGGUGGGCGAUCUAUCUGCAGAACUAAAGGACGAGAUUGUGGUUAGUGGACUGGCAGUGCUGGUCAUGGUGCAGAGUUUGAGUCUGGCUGGCAUGGUUUUGGUGGGAAGUCCCUAG